ACGCUCGACAGCGUGCGCGCGUCGCUGAUCCGCCAGGAGGAGACGAUCAUCUACAGCCUCAUCGAGCGCACGCAGUUCGCCGUCAACGGCGAGGUCUACGACAAGCGCGGCGCGACGUUCGCGGAGGGCGACAUCGCCGACGCGCUCAAGAGCAACCCCGCGGGCUGCUCCUUCCUCGACAUGAUGCUCUACGAGACGGAGCAGUGCCACGCGCGCGCGCGGCGCUACCUGAGCCCCGAGGAGUACCCCUUCUUCCCCGGCGACGUCGCGCCGCCCGCGCUGCCGCCGCUCGCGUACCCCGAGAUCAUCCGCGACGACGGCCAGAACAUCAACGACCAGAUCCUCGCCGCCUACCUCGACUUCGUCGUGCCCCGGGGCUGCGCGCCGGGCGACGACGGCCAGCACGGGUCCACGGCCAUCGCGGACAUCGCGUGCCUCCAGGCGCUGAGCCGCCGCGUCCACUUCGGGAAGUUCGUCGCCGAGUCCAAGUUCGCGGCGGACGCCGACGCCUUCCGGGACCUCGCGGCGCGCGGCGACGUGCCGGGCAUCCACGCGCUCCUCGAGAACGUCGCCGUCGAGGACAACGUCGUCCGCCGCGCGAUGCUCAAGGCCGUGACCUUCGGCCAGGACGCGUUCUCCGGCAUGGACCCGGGCUACAAGGUCGAGCCCACGCUCGUCGCGUCCAUCUACCGCAACAUGAUCAUCCCCCUGACCAAGCAGGUCCAGGUCACCUACCUCCUCGAGCGCCUC